UUCGCAGAUCUGACAGUGUACAGUUGAGUGUAACGAACAUGUUGUAAAGUGAAGCCCCAUUCACUGCAGAUCAGCAAGCAGACAUGAGGAAAGGGAACUAAGCUUCGGUUUGGAACACUUCUCAGUUCUUAUCUUAUAUGAGAAAGUGAAACUAUUUUACAUUCCAUGUCUCAUGGGGUGAAAUGGCGCAGCAACUAAAUUUGAUGGAUCGGAAAAAACUCUGCUGUUCCAUCUGUCUGGAUCUACUGAAGGAUCCAGUGACUAUUCCCUGUGGGCACAGCUACUGUAUGAGCUGUAUUAAAAGCCACUGGGAUGAGGAGGAUCAGAAGGAAAACCACAGCUGUCCUCAGUGCAGGCAGACCUUUAGACCGAGACCUGUGCUGGUGAAAAACACCAUGUUGGCAGAUUUAGUGGAGGAACUGAGGAAGACGGGACUCCAAGUUGCUCUGGCUGAUCCCUGCUAUGCCGGACCUGAAGAUGUUGGAUGUGAUUUCUGCACUGGGAGAAAGCUGAGAGCCUUCAAGUCCUGUCUGCAGUGUCUGGUCUCUUACUGUGAGCAGCACAUCCAGCCUCACUAUGAGUCUCCUGCCUUUGAAAAGCACAAACUGGUCUACCCUUCCAAGAAGCUCCAGGAGAACAUCUGCUUUCAUCAUGGUGAGAUAAUGAAGAUUUUCUGCCGCACUGAUCAGCGGUGUAUCUGUAUUAUCUGCUUGGAUGAACAUAAAGACCACGACACAGUCUUAGCCUCAACUGAAAGGACUGAGAGGCAGGGAGAGCUCGGAACAAGUCGUCAAAGGAUCCAACAGAGAAUCCAGAGCCGAGAGAAAGACGUGAAGGCGCUUCAGCAGGAAGUGGAGGCUAUCAAUUGCUCCGCUGAUGAGGUUGUGAAGAACAGCGAGAAAAUCUUCACUCAGCUGGGCCGUCUUUGCAAGAGCAGAAGCUCUGAUGUGAAGCAGCAGAUAAGAUCCCGGCAGAAAACCGAAGUCAGUCGAGUUAUGGAGCUUCAGGAGAAGCUGCAGCGGGAGAUCACCGAACUGAGGAGGAGAGACACCGAGCUGAAGCAGCUCACAAGCACAGAGGACCAUGCCCAGUUUCUACAAAACUACCUCUCACUGACAGGUGUUAGUGAAGCCCAAGCCUCGCCCAGCAACAAUAUCCGCCCUCUGCACUACUUUGAGGAUGUGACGGAGGUUGUGUCAGAGGCCAGAGAAAAGCUACAAGACAUUCUGAGCAAUGUGUGGACCAAGAUCUCAGUGCCUGAGGUGGAUGUUGUACCGCCACAACCAGAGCCUAAGACCAGAGCUGCAUUCUUACAAUAUUCAUGUCAAAUCACACUGGAUCCAAACACAGCAAAUGCACGGCUGUUAUUGUCGGAAGGGAACAGAAAAGCAACAGUGACGAGUGAAAAACAGUUAUAUUCAAGUCAUCAGGACAGAUUUACUGACAUGUUUCAGGUUCUGAGUAGAGAGUGUGUGAGCGGCCGUCAUUACUGGGAGGUGGAGAGGGGCGAAUGUGAAGUUUCAGUGGCCGUCACGUACAAGGAUAUCAGCAGAACAGGAUAUGAAAGUGGUUUUGGAAACGAUGACAAGUCUUGGGCAUUAGAGUGUUUCAGCAACAGCUAUGAGUUCAGACAUAACGGUUUAAAAACGUUUAUCCCAGGCCCUCAGUCCUCCAGAGUAGGAGUGUACCUGGACCACACGGCAGGUAUCCUGUGUUUCUACAGCGUCUCCGCAACCAUGACCCUCCUCCACAGAGUCCAGACCAGAUUCACUCAGCCACACUAUCAGGGACUUGGUGUUUUUGCUUCGCAUGGAAACGGGUCUGCUGCUGUGUUCUCUAAGCUUGAGUAGAAAGGUGAUAGGAGGAUGACAAUGUGAUUUAUUAUUUGUGUAAAGACCUGUGAGCUAUAAUUGUGUAACCAUUGCCUAAACAGAAGGCAACGCAAAUACAUAUUUCAUCAGACAUUAUUAUUAUGUUUUUUUGGCUCACGACCUUAAUCUGGUUGAUGUCUUUCUUUGCCAUGUCUGCUUAUGAAAUUUGGAUUAAGUGAUGUUUAGUCCUGGCACAUUUUGAUUAUGAAGGGGGAAAAAAUCACCAAUUAUUUAUGGUUGCAUUUAUAGUCAGUCAGAAAGACACAGUUAGAGUAAAGGUGUGACUUGUUGCAAUGUUUGCAGAGUCUAACUUUUUUUUACUACAUUCUAAAAGUAUUAGCCACAGGUACAAAGUAUGUAGCUGAAUUUUUGUUUAAAGUUGCACUGUAUUUGAAUUUGCACUAAUAGUUUUCCUUUUUUAUGUGAAUAAUUGCACUUUUACUUUUGAUUGAAGACAUAUUUUGUGAUUUAUUUUUUUACAUAAACUUGGUUUAUGAUCAUUGUGUACACCUAUGAUGAAAAGCACUUUGCAAAUAAACUGACUAU